GGAGCUGGGCUGCAGAUGGAGCUGCUGUUGCCUGCUUUAGCCAUUGCUCACACUGUUCUUGUGGACGAGGAAGACUACAGCCUGCCAAGAUGUGCAAAGGAUUAGCAGCGCUGCCCCACACAUGCCUAGAGAGGGCUAAGGAGAUCAAGACCAAGCUGGGCACACUGCUCCAGAAGCCUGACUCGGCCAUUGACUUUAUCAUCCCCUACCCAGAGAAGCCGGAGAAGCCACCCAAGGCCCAGAAGCCAUCACCAGAGGAGGCUCUGCAGUGGCGUGAUUCCCUGGAGAAACUCCUGCAAAACCCCUAUGGUCUCGCCAGCUUCCGCAGCUUCCUGCGCUCUGAGUUCAGUGAGGAGAACGUUGAGUUUUGGGUGGCCUGUGAGGACUAUAAGAAAACCAAGUCCCCUAUGAAGAUGGCAGAGAAGGCCAAGAAGAUCUACGAGGAGUUCAUCCAGACCGAGGCAACCAAAGAGGUGAACAUCGACCACUUCACCAAGGCUGUGACCAUGAAGAACCUGGUGGAACCAUCACCAAGCAGCUUUGACAUGGCCCAGAAGAGGAUCUUUGCCCUGAUGGAGAAAGACUCCCUGCCCAGAUUUGUGCGGUCGGAGCUUUAUCAGGAGUUAAUCAAGUAGCAAUGUGGCAGGGCUGUGCGAGGCAUUCCCCACGGGUGGUCCCACUGCUUCUGUCUAAACACCUGCCCCUUCUCCUGCAGCCGCUUUGCUUUCUUGAUACCACCCUAAAAGAGCACGCAGGGGCAUUGCUAAACACCUUCCCCUGUGCUUUCAACUGCCAGAUGGCCCGGUGUCUCCUCUCUUACAGUCUGUUUCCCCUCCCAAAAAAGACCAAUUAGCAGAAACCCCUGGCGAUCCUCCCUGGGUUUGGGACCCAGAAGGGCGGCGGAGCAGCCCCAGCCCCGCAGUGACUGGGAGCCACUCAGGCAGCUGGUGCAUCGCUGGCACUAUGGGGAUCGGCUUUAGUCAGAGACUCUGAGGCACCAUCUCUGUUGUCUUAGGACUUCUUAGGACAUUCCAGUAUUUCUUCCAAUUUUGCCCAUAUUGCUGGUUUGCCCCAGGCUCUCUCCCUCCUCCUGGCUUCCCAGGGCAUUGCUGAGGCUGCACAGGGCACCCUAUGGGUUGUCCCCUCCCUGGCCAAGUCCAGCAUGCCUGCAGCCCUGGGGUGCAGGGUGGGGCAUGCCCACUGCGGAAUCAGCGUCAUCUUGUCUUCAGAAAGCAGCUGUCCAGCAGGCACAGUGAUGGCUUAUGGCAGGGACGGCUGUGUGGCAGAGCCAGGAGCAGCGCGUCCGUGUGCGGCAGUGUGCACCUGGCUGGCACAAGGGAUGGGCCGAGCAAGCCUGCAGCACCACUCCACUUGGAGUCAGCUGUGAGACAGCCUGUUUGUUUCACACUGAAGACAGUAAAGAGGAUAAAAUGAGAUCUGUUUGUUCAAAACACCGGGACUGUUUAGCAACCCAGACCUCCCGCUUGCUCCAGCCACUUGCAUGAUGUACUGAGCUCCCAGUCUGCAGCUUGUGCCUGUAUCCCCAAUGCCUAUGCGCAGCCCUCAGCAGUGCUGAUAGCUGGUGGUGUGCUUGGAUUGUAGCUUUGGGUGUUGCUGCAGAGGUUUCUUGCUCCGGUUGCUUCUCUCUGCAGUAGGCAUGCCAAAGCGAUACUUCUGCACAAACUCAAUCAAGGGGAAUCAAUUAGAGGAGGGAGGAAAAUCAUGCUGGGGAAAAAAAAGCUGCUAAUUGCAACUGUUCAGAUCCAAUUAAAAAAAAACCCAACCAAAACCCAAAGACAAAACUAUCAUUGGAAAUACGAAAAAUAAACCCCUGUCUUCUUGAACAGAUGACAAACUCUGCUGAGUUUGUGUAGCCUGCAUCUCUCUCCUGUCUCCUCCUGUCUGCCUAGGACGUGUCUUUCCAUCAGGCUGUCUCUUAAAAAGACCAGCUCUUUUUGAAUGAUUCAAAGCCAGCCCACUGUUCGCUACCAGAAGAAAUCACAUCUGAGGAUGGGGCAAGGGCAUACAUGAAAGGUGGCUGGGGUCUCAUUUCAGCCAUGAGGUGAAUGCAAUGAACCUGUGCUCCGUGGGGCCUGGACAUUUCGUCACUGUGAUGGUUUCCUGGUGCAGCAUCUGCAGGGCCGUGGCUUGCAAUGAGCACGCUGCAGGGAUCGAGCUGCCCAGCCAGCAACCCAACAAAAUAAAAAGUGACAGUGCUCCCAGCAAGCAGCUUGGACCGGCCACCCCCGGCUGCUCAACCUCAACUGCAAGUCAUAAGACUCCAUCCAAAAUACAGUAACAUAAACAAUGGGUUUGCCAGCCUCUUCAAGACUUUCAAAAUCUGAUCAAAACCCCAUCAGCCCCAAAUAUUUACAUGUUGUCACUAUGGUUACGAAGAAAAAUACAUCCCGAGCUGCAAUAAGCGAGCUUGUUUUCCAGGCAGGGAUGGAGAGGCAGGGGAAGGACGGAGGCAGUCACAAACGUGACUUUUGUUUUCAUCUGAAGCAAGUGGCCUGGGAAAGUCAGUGCUGGAGCGGCAGGUUGUGAUGCUUGUGGGGCACUCCCCAGGGGUGAGCAUGGCGGGCGGCUUGGGUGGCCCCAAAGAGCCCAAGGGAGCUCGCAAGCAGCAGGAGGGUCCUGUUGGAAGGGCACAGGACUACCCCUGGCAGCGCCCACUGCCCAGAGAGCGUGGGCAACAAGGGGAAGGCAGGAGCAAGGCUGAGCACUGGAGGGGGCGCUUGGCCAGCCCUUCUGCUGUAGGGUGCUCCCAUCGCCUCUGCCCAGGCGCGGUCCCUGCACCCUCCUAACACCUCCACGAACUAAUGUCAAGACAAGCGGGUUCAGCAUGUUCAAGCUCCCUGUUCGCAGCAUGACUCAUAGAAAUGCAAAACUAAACAGGCUUCCUUGCAAAAAGAUCCAGAUCUUUAAUGUUCACUUAAUCAUUUGGCAGCUAUUUCCAGAUACUCUCACACAUUUUAUGGUUAAAUGCCAACACUGGGAUGCUGCUGGAGGCUGGCCUGCUGAGCACCAUCAAAACCUGAGAUGUCACUAGCUGCAACAGUGACGUGUGGGGCAGGGAGAAGGUGUCUCGGUAUGCAUGUGCUGAAAAGAAAGGUGGAGGCUGGAUUCAGGAGAGGUGAAACAGCCCUAUUGGAAAUCCCUCCCCAGCUUGAUUUCUGCUAAAAUAUUGGAGGCCUACUUUAGGGGAUGAGCGAACAGGUGCCAGUGAGCUACCGAGUGGCCAUGAAAUGUGGCCCCUGAAAUGUUUUGGAGCUCUUGGGAAGUUGUGUCUGUGUAGAAGGGUCCUUUGGCUAAUUACUUGAGCAAGCUUGCCCUAAAAAGGUGGCAAUGCCUGUACCCACCCCACGACCGAGCUUUCUGCAGGCCCAGAGGUAUUUACUGUCAGGCUGAUACCAACCAUUAUAUUUCUGGUAGGAAAUACUUCAUGUAUUUUAUCACUCUUGCUCUCGUCAAAUAUGACAUAUGUAUGAGCACUAUACACAUGACAUUGUAUAUCUAUAUCUCUAUAGACAUCAACAGGUAUACACAAACACAUAUAUACAUACUCUUAACACAGGAAUCUGGAUCCCCAGUAAGUGAGAGAGCCAAAAAGCAGAGUUUCUGGUUAUUGUGUUUGGGAUCUGUCACAGAAAUGAGCAUGUGUGGGUUUAUUGUGGUGUCAGACCCUGUUGAGGGAAACCUUGGCCAUCCGCUAGAGUGACCAUGAAGGUGCAUCUUCCAAAACAUCCUCCAAAAUCACACUGUGCCCGUGGCUGCUGGGUGCCCACAGCUGCAGCAUGUCCUGGUGACUGAGCUGGUGCAGGAGGCAGGGCUCAUGUCCUCCGAGGGACACCCAUUCCCUGCCGUGGGGCAAGGCAACCCCACGCUGCAGCCGGGGUCCCUGGGGCACCAGGUGCUGCCUCCAUGUCUCCCUGGCACCCACUCCCCACCACAGGGACAUGAGGAGGAGGACUCCUUGCAGCUGCAUCCCUCGAAUUAAUGCUGGGUAUUAUUUGCUGUGUGUUUUCUGGUUAGUUCAGUGACCUGGAGCCUCACACCUCAACAGCCACGGUGUGAAUCACCCAGCUUUCCCCCGGAUGCUGAGGCAGGGCUCUGCCAGUGCUGCCCUGUCCCAGCCCUGGGGCCUGCUGAAGCCUGUGAGGCAGCGGCAGGAGCUGCUUGCUGCCCAUGGGGGGCUGAAGGUGUCCCAGGGCUCCCCCAGGCUCGCCCCAGUCCUUGGUCACUCCCCAGAGAAUGCCGAAUGCUGUGGCCAAGGGCCAGGGUGAGGUCAGGAGUGGGGAUUGACUCUUCACACCUGCAGGCAGCUGGUUUUCAGUCUGACGUUCCCUGUGUGAUGUCCACUAAAGAUCUUCAUGUGGGCCACUGGUGUGCACUGAGGGGCUGGUUGUGUUAACCCAUAUUCUUGUACGACUCAAUAAUCCACACAUAAACAUGUAUUUCUGCUACUA